GGCCCAGCAGUCCCAGCACUGUAUUUGGGACCCUCUGAGGAUUCUGUGGUGAUACACACUCCUGAGCGUCAACCAUGAGAUUCACAGCUCUUCUCCUUCUGGCAGUGCUGGCUGGGGCCCUGGUCUGUGCCCAAGAUGCCACUGCUGGUCCUGCACAACCUACUGAGGACCCUGCGAGCUUGCAAUCUGAUGCACCCCAAGAGACAACCAUAGCAGCCCAGACUUCGGCGGCAGCCCAGGAGCCAACCACCAAGCAAAGAAAAAACCUGGAAUCCGUGAUAGAGAAAGGUAGAUCGGACCUAAAAGGUGUCAUUGCAGGAGCAAAAAAAACGGUGGACGAAAGAAUUCAAAACGCUAAAGAUGCUCUGAAGAAGAGGUUGGGUCCAAUCAUAUCUAUCAUUUGAGAAGCUAUAAAGAAUGGGAUCUGGGAAUUUAACGCCUUAAUCAUGUGUACGGCUCAGAGCAAUUAAAUUGAAAGCAUUCAA